CUUUCGGCCAUAUUGCUUUUAAAAAUGGUAAACAUACCGAAGCAGCGUAAAACCUUCUGUAAGGGACAGAAGUGCAAGAAGCAUUCUCUCCACAGAGUGUCCCAGUACAAGACUGGCAAGGCCUCGCUUGUAUCACAAGGAAAGAGGCGUUACGACAGAAAACAGAAAGGAUAUGGAGGUCAAACAAAACCUAUAUUCAGGAAGAAGGCCAAAACAACAAGGAAAAUUGUGUUGAAAAUGGAAUGCACAGAAUGCAAAUAUAGGAAACAGCUCCCCAUCAAGAGAACUAAACAUUUUGAAUUGGGAGGAGACAAGAAAAAGAAGGGCCAAAUGAUCCAGUUCUAGAGUUGGAGACAAUUGGACUAACUAUUGGACUAUUCCUAUUCUGUGUAUACACAUCUGUAAAAUAAAGGAGAGUGAAAUGAGA